AAUCACUUAAUAAUAAUUUAAUACGUCUAGACAAUAAUUAAAAUUAAAUGUACGAGAGUCGAAGAUAAACCAAACGCUACAUCGUUAAAAAUUGCCUAAACGCACUUCCUGUUUUUAGGUUUGUCAAGAUUUUUCCUGUUUUUGUAUAAACGCUUAUCAGUCACAUUUCACAUUCCCGGGUAAAUUGAUCUAAGAAUAGCACAAAAAAGUUACCAUUGUGAUAUUCAAAUAUAUGUGACCGAUCCCGAAUAUAAAAAAAGUUUCCUGCUACACGUGUGUUAACCAGUAAAUUGUAAAUCAUGGAUGACGAUUGGGAUGAUGACUCUGGAUCGGCCCCUGCACCCACAAUGGCACCUAGUGUGGCAACAGAAGGAGGUAAGAAGUUUUCAGCAGGAAGAGGUUUUAAAUCUGUAGAGAUCAGCGAUGGAGAUUGGAACGACAAUGGCGGUGGUGACAGUUGGAACAAUGGUGGUGAAAAUGGAUAUUCAGGCGGUAGAGGAGGUGGAAGACGGGGCGGUAGAGGAGGAGGUGAUCGUGACGGCGGCUAUCGUGGCCGCGGUGGAGAUCGCAGAGGAGGAGGUGGAGAUAGAAGAGGAAGAGGAGGUUUUAGUAGAAAUGGCGACAGUAAUGGCUACGGAGAUGAAAAUGGCGGAGACAGUUAUGGCGAUUCCAACAAAGAAAAUUAUGGAGGAUAUGAAAACAGAGGCCGUGGUAGAGGUGGUGGCAGAGGAGGACGAGGUGGAGGUAGAGGUGAUAGAGGAGAUGAUAACGAUGACUAUGGUGGUGGUGGUGGUGGUGAUAAAACGGAUGAACCACAAAAGCCACGUGAAAUUUAUAUACCCCCAGAACGAGAUGAAGAUCUGUUUACUUCUACAAUAACAUCCGGUAUUAAUUUUGUCAAAUUGGAUGAUAUUGAAGUCAAUGUUAGUGGUGAAAACGUUCCUAAACCGAUUACAUCUUUUGAAUCAUCAGGUAUGAGACCCCAUUUAUUAGAGAACAUUAAAAAAUCUGGUUACACCAAACCAACACCCAUUCAGAAAUAUGCUGUGCCGAUAAUAAUGAAUGGAAGAGAUCUGAUGGGUUGUGCACAAACUGGAUCUGGAAAAACGGCUGCCUUUCUUUUACCUAUGAUAAACCAGUUAUUAACUAGUCAAGAGGGACCUGUUAUGGACGGUAACUGCUGUCAACCUAGAGUGGUAAUAGUUUCACCAACUAGAGAAUUGACAAUUCAGAUAUUUGAACAAGCAAAGAAAUUUGCCCACAAUUCAAUUGUCAAAGCAGUAGUUGCGUACGGCGGUGCUAGCGUUAGUUACCAAAGAAAUCACGUUUUGGCUGGGUGUCAUAUUUUGGUCGCAACACCGGGAAGGUUAAACGACUUUGUCACUAGAGGACAUCUCUCAUUUGCCAGUGUUCAAUAUUUUGUGUUAGAUGAAGCUGAUAGGAUGUUAGAUAUGGGUUUCUUACCAACCGUAGAACAAAUGUUGGGACACGCCACCAUGCCUGCCACUGGUGAGCGCCAAACGCUUAUGUUUUCCGCUACUUUCCCCGAAGAAAUCCAGCAUCUUGCUGGCAAAUUUUUGCUUAACUACGUUUUCGUAGCAGUUGGCAUCGUUGGUAGUGCUUCCACUGAUGUUGAACAAGUUUUCUAUCAAGUUCCAGGCAAGGAGAAAAUAAGGAAACUAAAAGGAAUGUUGAGUGAAAAUGGUGGUGAGAGGACUGUUGUUUUCGUUGAACAAAAGAGGACUGCUGACUUUUUAGGAAGUUUCUUAUCUGAAAAUGGAAUGAAAUCCACCAGUAUCCACGGUGAUCGUCUACAGCGUGAAAGGGAACAAGCUUUGUGGGAUUUCAAGAAAGGGAUCUGUAAUGUACUUGUUGCAACAGGUGUUGCUGCGAGAGGAUUGGAUAUAGAAGGUAUAGAGCAUGUCAUCAACUUUGAUUUGCCGAAGUCAAAAGAUGAAUAUGUUCAUCGUAUCGGAAGAACAGGGCGUGUCGGAAAUAAGGGUAAAGCUACCAGUUUUUUCGACUCUUCCAGCGAUUCUGCUCUGGCACCUGCUCUAGCUGUUAUUCUGAAGCAAGCUGGACAAGAAGUUCCAGACUGGUUUGGUGACAUGAGUUCUCAGUCAUCGUAUCAUGACAGUAAUUCGUUUGGAGGAACUGAUAUCCGUGGGGGAGAAUUUGGAAAAGCUCAGGUAGCAGAAGAAGCAGAUGAGGAGUGGUAAUCUAUCUAUAUUUGUUUGCAUGUUAGUUAUGAAGCAACAACACAAUGCAAACCAGUGAUUUUUAUAUUUUUUCUAUAGUUUGUAUGUCUUUUAUAAUUGAUAUUUUCCGUUUAAGAGUUAAGAUCUAAAGUUUUGUUUUUAAAGAGUUAUGACUUAGUUGUAUUGAUAUGUUACUUGUAUCUGUGAUACAACAUUUUUUGUUUGCGGAAUAAAACUUCUUCUAAUUUUUUUAAAA